AUGCUGAAGCAGAUACACUUGAACAUCCCUUUGGUGGACAUGCUCCAUGAGGUCCCAAAAUAUGCAAAAUAUAUGAAGGAUAUAGUGGCAAAUAAGAGGAGGUUAACUGAAUUUGAGACCGGCACACUUACUGAGGAGUGCACUUUCAGUAUUCAACAUAAGCUUCCACAAAAGCAUAAGGAUCCGCGUAGUUUUACCAUCCCCGUGAGGAUUAGUGAAAUUGAUGUGGGUAGAGCCUUAUGUGAUUUGGGAUGCAAGUAUCAAUCUGAUGCCGUUGUCAAUGUUCAAACAAUUGGGAUUAGGAGCUCCAAGACCCACCACGGUGCUGCUACAAUUGGGAAGUUUAUUUUCCCUGCAGAUUUUAUCAUCCUGGACUACGAGGCUGAUGAGUUAGUUCCUAUCAUCUUGGGACGACCUCUUUUGGCCACUGGAGAUUCCAUUAUCAAAGUCCGAGAAG